UUGAAUGUUUACAGUGUUCACCAACAGAUUUUUGUUAGUAAUGUUCACUCCCUGUCAGGCUCCUGGCGCAGGGAGCACACAGCGUCCCUUCAACAUGAAUCAUUACGCUACUAAGAAGAGUGCAGCGCAGAGCAUGUUGGAUGUGGCUCUUCUGAUGGCGAACUCCUCUCAGCUGAAGACAGUGCUGCAUUCAGGAGCACAGCACCGCUUCUACGUUCCUCUCAUCGCUCUGAUCUCACUGUCCAUCUCACUGCAGGUCAUUGUUGGCCUCCUGCUCAUCUUCAUUGUGAAGUAUGACCUGAAUGAUGUUAAGAAACAGCCGAGACUUAACACAAUGAAUGACGCAGCAACUGUGUUUGUGUUCUUUACCGUUCUUAUCAACAUCUUCGUCACAGCAUUGGGAUUUGAGACUGGAGGGGGCAGUGCAAUAUUUGAAACUGCACUCGCUCAGACCAGAUCUUUAAACUUCACUGAUGAUUAAGCUCACAUGAUUGUAUUGGGACUCAACCUGCCUUUCAUGUCAUCAACGUGUUUUUACCGAACAACUUACUGGACACUAUAGGCUUACUCCAUAUCAUAACAAAAGAUCUCAUGUGAUAUUAUGUAGGCCUAAUGUUUAGCCAGCACAUUUAAACAAACUAUGAAAUUGUCUUUUUCUCAGUUUAUGUGGAAGAUACCUUUUUACAUAAGGGACACAAUAGAGAAUAUAGCAAAUUGUUUGUGAUUUUUUUAUUUUCUUGGUUAUUGCAUCAUUCUAGCAACACUGAUGAAAACCUAAUUUAAAUAAAAACAUAUU